AUGGAACAAGUGGAAAGCCAUAGUGAGCCCGUAAAUCACGAAGUCAUGAAUGAGAGUAAUGCUGGUUCUCAGCCCCAAGAAACAAACAGCAUCCCAGCAUCCGAUAAUGAUAUUCUGCGCGCCCAAGGCCAUGAAGCAGCAUUCAAACGAUCAUUCUCUAUCAUUGCAUCCCUCGGUUUUGCAUUCAAUAUCACGAAUGCUUGGGUCGGCGCACUAAGUAACUUCGGACAGAAUCUCAGAUAUGGAGGGUCCCAAGUGGCUCUGUUUUCUGUUAUCAUUGCUUGCUUUGUGCAGUGGAUCAUAACGCUAGGACUAUCUGAGCUAGCUUCGGCGUUCCCUUCAUCUGGAGGCCAAUACCACUUUGUCUACGCAAUUGCACUCCAGAAGAACAAGAGAUUUGCUGCUUUUGUGACAGGCUGGAUGUCUAUACUCGGAUGGUGGAUGAUAACUUGCUCUGGCUUGUCUCUUGUGGCUGGUGUGGCCCUGGGCCUCGGUCGAUUUCUACGUCCAGACUUCGGGAUCAAACAAUGGCAUGAAUACUGUGUGUAUCUUGCUACUAUUAUUGUGACAAUGACACCCCUUCUCUUACGCCCCAAGAAACUACCAUUCAUCACAUCAUGGUCUCUAUAUCUCGCAUUAUCCGGAUUCGCCAUUUGGUUUGUAACCGCUCUUGUCAUGCGCCAACAUACAAAUCCCAGGUCGGAUAUCAUCAGAUCUGGUCAGGGCACAAGUGGAUGGAACAAUGGCACCGCCUGGUUUCUCGGAAUUAUGAACUCGAUGUAUUGCUUUGGGGCCAGCGACGGAGCGAUCCAUAUCGCCGAAGAAAUGCAAUCACCGGGCCGUCGACUCCCACAGAUCAUGUCAGCCAAGAGUCGUCUCAUCCUCUGUCUCUAA